AGCGGACCAAGAGUCCUCAGCCUGACUGAGAGCAGCCAACAGAGACACCUCAGCUGAUGAGGCCAAACUAACAGUCAUCGCUCCAAAAGCUCCUGAAGACUUUCAGACUUCAUCUCUUCUUUCCAAGUCUACCAGCAACCUCCAGACUCCUUCACCAUGCCUCCUCAAAUCCAGUCCCAGAACCAGAGGGGUCCCAGGCUCCUGCAGGGCGACCUCGGUUCCCUCAGUCCAGCGGUUCGGGAGUUUGUGGAGACCAACGUGGCCCUGUGCCAGCCUGAGUCGGUCCACAUCUGUGACGGCUCAGAUCAAGAGAACCGAGCAAUCCUGACCCAGCUGGAAGAGCAGGGAAUGAUCAAAAAGCUCUCCAAAUAUGAGAACUGCUGGUUAGCCAGAACUGACCCAAGGGAUGUGGCCCGGGUAGAGAGCAAGACAGUGAUUGUUACCAGGAACCAGAGGGAAACCGUGCCCACUCCACUAGAAGGUGGAGUCAGCCAGCUGGGACGCUGGAUGUCCCCAGAAGAGUUUGACAAAGCCAUGGCUCAGCGGUUCCCCGGCUGCAUGAAAGGUCGCACCAUGUAUGUGAUUCCUUUCAGCAUGGGUCCUGUGGGCUCCCCCCUGUCUAAGAUCGGUGUCGAGCUGACGGACUCUCCCUACGUGGUGGCCAGUAUGAGAGUGAUGACCCGUAUGGGGAAGUCUGUGCUGUCCGCUCUGGGAAAUGGAGAGUUUGUCCGCUGUUUGCACUCUGUCGGCUGUCCCCUCCCAGUCAAACAGCCUCUGGUAAAUAACUGGCCCUGCAACCCUGAGCAGACUUUGAUCGCCCACAUCCCGGACCGCAGACAAAUUAUCUCAUUCGGCAGUGGUUACGGAGGAAACUCUCUGCUGGGAAAGAAAUGCUUCGCACUGCGCAUCGCCUCCCGCAUCGCUAAGGAGGAGGGCUGGCUGGCUGAACAUAUGCUGAUCCUGGGAGUCACCAGUCCUGCAGGGGAGAAGAAGUACAUGGCAGCAGCCUUUCCCAGUGCCUGUGGCAAAACCAACCUGGCCAUGCUCUGCCCAACGCUGCCUGGCUGGAAGGUGGAGUGUGUAGGAGACGACAUCGCCUGGAUGAAGUUUGACAACCAAGGCAACCUACGUGCUAUCAACCCUGAAAAUGGCUUUUUUGGCGUUGCACCUGGAACAUCAGUCAAAACAAACCCCAACGCAAUGGCCACCAUUGUUAAGAACACCAUCUUCACGAAUGUUGCAGAGACCAGCGAUGGUGGUGUGUACUGGGAGGGAAUUGACCAAGAACUGCCUGAAGGAGUAACGCUCACAUCCUGGAAAAACCAGCCCUGGAAUUCAGAGACAGGAGAACCUUGCGCUCAUCCUAACUCUCGUUUCUGCACGCCGGCCGGUCAGUGUCCCAUCAUCGACCCGCAGUGGGAAUCGCCAGAGGGAGUCCCCAUUGAGGCCAUCAUUUUUGGCGGCCGCAGGCCAGAAGGUGUCCCUUUGGUGUACGAAGCCUUUGACUGGCAGCAUGGUGUGUUUGUUGGAGCAGCCAUGAGGUCAGAGGCGACUGCAGCAGCUGAACACAAAGGAAAAGUCAUCAUGCACGAUCCCUUCGCCAUGCGCCCGUUCUUUGGCUAUAACUUUGGUCAGUACCUCUCCCACUGGCUGAGCAUGGUCGACCGCCCUGGAGCCAAGCUUCCCAAAAUCUUCCACGUCAACUGGUUCCGCAAGAGUCCCACUGCUGGCUUCCUCUGGCCUGGUUUUGGUGACAACAUCCGAGUUCUGGACUGGAUGUUCAGGCGUAUUGAUGGCCAGACCAGCGCUGUGCCGUCCGUGGUGGGCUACCUGCCCAGCCAUGACUCCCUGAACCUCCAGGGCCUGCGAGGGAAGGUGAACCUGAACGAGCUGUUCUCCUUGGAUCAGGAGUUCUGGCAGAGGGAGGUGGACGAGGUGAGAAAGUACUUCACCACGCAGGUGAACGAUGACCUGCCAAACGAGGUGGGCCGGCAGCUGGAGCUGCUGCAGCAGAGGGUGAAGCAGAUGGGGAGAGAAAGGAGCUGCAGUAUAAAUGGACGUGGUUAGUUAGUUCAUCAUACAACUGGCCUGUAAAUCCAGAAAAUGUUAUCAGCAGACCUAGAAAGAUGGAUGUGACAUCCAGCAGUGGAGCUGAAAUCCUGGAUAAAUUUAAUAAUUUUGGCUAAUACCGCAAUCAAAGAAACUCCUAAUUGUCUCCAUAAUUCUACUACGUAAAAUCCUACUUUUUAACGAGUUCUUAGAAAUCAGAUUUACAUUAAGGCUUCUAAACUCAAUAUGAAAUAUUUAUUUCUCUAUCAUCC